AAAACUUUGUCUAAAAAAAAAAAAAAAAAAAAAAAAAUCAGACUUUUAUUAAGUGCUUCUAGUAUGCCACACUUGAAAAUUGCAGUAUUUGAAAUGGGACAAUCACUUAAAAGAUAAAGAGUUGCUUCCUUUGAAAUAUAAUCUAUGAAGGCAAGUCAAAUCUGAAUAGGAGGAAGUUUAAGGCAGUAUGUGAUAGAGUCCAUUUGGAGAGAUUUAGGUGACCUACGUGGUGAUGUCACAUAACAGAGACAUCAGUCUGACUAUAGCAAUAGUCAGGCUAUGAACAAAUUAUACUGAGUCUAUGGGCUGUGUAUGGUGAUAAACAGGUUUAUGCUAUAUCUUUUAAACCUUGUAGUUUUCACUGUAUUGAUAUUGGAUGGAAAGCAAAAUUAAUUGCAUGAGGAAAUUCAGCAGCUAUCUGGAGGAUAUCCUGACCUACCUGCCAGAUUUAGGAAAAAAAUAAACCCUUCUGUUAAGAAGACCUGAAGUAAAACUGUAUUGAGGCCAUCAUCCAUUCACAGAGAAGAUUACUCAGGGACAGAUCCCCAUGCUGUUGGAGACACAAUUCUAACAUAUCUAAGAACCAGUGAUGAAGUGAGUUUAGGUUUGGCGACCCAAAAAAACCCACAGAAGAUAAGCCAUUCAGUAAAAUGAUUUUAAAUUUAGAGAAAACAUAAUUUUGUUGAAAUUCCCACCUUAACAAAUUGGAAACACAUACACGUUUCAAGUUAAUAUGUCCAUGCUUACAAUAAUUACGAAGGAAACAUUAAUAAUGAAAAAAUCAAGAGCACACAAAAGUAUAAGGAAUGCUGUUUAUCAAACUCCGAUUUUGGGAAGUUGCUAAGCAAAGGUUUAUUUACUUUUCCUUUAGCUUUAUUUAGUUGUUUCAUGUAUUGAGCCAAAAUGGAAUACAAAGUGAGAUAUAAGCACUAUAACUAUAAGCACUUUUUGGUUUCUUGGAGACAGAGUCUCGCUCUGUCACCCGGGCUGGAGUUCAGUAGCACAAUCAUGGUUCACUGCAACCUUGAACUCCUGGGCUCAAGUGAUCCUCUCGCCUCAGCCUCCCGGGUAGCUGGGACUACAGGUGCAUGCCACUUUGCCUAUUUUAUGAUUAUCUGUCUGUCAGCCUUUCUCUCUGUAUUGAUGGAUAUGUAUUUAUAUAUUUUACAAAAACAAAUGUAUUGGUCAGUGUGAUCUCUCUGUUGACAUUGUUUCUGAUAUUUUUCAUGUCCUUGAAUUUUUCUCAAUUUCACAUUUAAUGACUACUUUGUAUUCUAGGACAGUGAUAGUCUGUUAUAUAUUUAACUAGGAAGCUUUGCUAGGCUCAGAACGCUGAACAGUCACUAUCUGUCUCCAAUAUCUUGACCAAUUUCACCCAAUUUCAAGACUAAAAAGAGGUUCUGAUAUGGAUGAUGUGCCCUGUUUUUACCUUUAAAGGAGGGAAUGGAAAGAGGUAGAUCUGCUCAAAGCAAGACAGAGCUGCCUAAUCUGAGGUCCACAUCUGCCUCACCAACAUCAUACAUUGGCCAGAACAUUUCCCACUGAAUUAUCUGGGUCUGGUUUCCAUGACAGUAUGUUUCUGAUGUAUAACUCUGUGUAGGUGAGACCCUUGGGUAGUCAGGGAGGAAAUGGGUUUAUCCAGAAUCUUAAUCUUCCCAAAUUGUAUGUAAGAGGAGGUAGUUUGGAACUUGGAAUGGAAGAGGAAAACAGCACUAUUACCUUGAGUCCUAUGGGGAACACUGAAGCACAGCUGGUCUCAAGGUCUUCUCUUCUUUCAGGUCUUGGUUUUUUGACUUUGCUCUUCUGGUAGAGAAACCCUGAGGACUGAUCAACUCUUGCCAGUCUCAAACCAUGGCCUGUGAAUCGAUAACAUUCGGGGAUGUGGCCAUAGACUUCUCUCAUCAGGAGUGGGAAUAUCUCAACCUGGUUCAGAAGACCUUGUACCAGGAGGUGAUGAUGGAGAAUUACGAUAACUUAGUCUCACUGGCAGGACAUUCCAUGUCUAAGCCAGAUUUAAUCACCUUAUUGGAGCAAGGAAAAGAGCCAUGGAUGAUUGUGGGGGAAGAAACAAGAGGAGAAUGUACAGAUUUGGAUUCAAGGUGUGAAAUAAUCAGCGAUGGGAAAAUGCACCUUUAUAGGAAACACUCAUCUGUUACUCUCCAUCAGAGAAUUCAUAAUGGACAGAAACCAUAUGAGUGUAAGGAAUGUCAGAAGGCCUUUAGUCAUCUUACAGAACUCAUAGUACAUCAAAGAAUUCAUACUAGUGAGGAACCUGAUCAAUGUGAAGAGUUUGGGAAGGCAUUUAGCCAUCUUACAGACCUUAGAGAGCAUCAGAAAAUUCAUGCUCGUGAGAAACCUUAUGAAUGUGAAGAAUGUGGGAAAGUCUUCAGUUAUCCUGCAAACCUUGCUCAACAUGGGAAGGUUCAUGUUGAGAAACCCUAUAAAUGUAAAGAGUGUGGGGAAGCUUUUAGGACUAGCCGUCAACUUACUGUACAUCACAGAUUUCAUUACGGUGAGAAACCCUACGAAUGUAAGGAAUGUGGCAAAGCCUUUAGUGUGUAUGGACGACUUAGUCGACAUCAGAGUAUUCACACUGGUGAGAAGCCCUUUGAAUGUAACAAAUGUGGGAAGUCCUUUAGGCUCAAAGCAGGCCUGAAAGUACAUCAGAGUAUUCAUACUGGAGAGAAGCCACACGAAUGUAAGGAAUGUGGAAAGGCCUUUCGUCAGUUUUCCCACCUUGUAGGUCAUAAAAGAAUUCAUACUGGAGAAAAACCCUAUGAAUGCAAGGAAUGCGGUAAGGGCUUUACAUGUAGGUAUCAACUUACUAUGCAUCAGAGAAUUUAUUCUGGGGAGAAACCUUAUGAAUGUAAAGACAAUGGGGAGGCUUUUAGUAGUGGCCAUCAACUUACUGUACCUCAUACAUUUGAAAGUGUUGAGAAACCUUAUAAGUGUGAGGAAUGUGGGAAAGCCUUUAGUGUGUAUGGACGACUUACUCGACAUCAGGGUAUUCAUAGUGGUAAGAAACCCUUUGAAUGUAACAAAUGUGGGAAGUCCUUUAGGCUGAAUUCAUCCCUUAAAAUACAUCAAAAUAUUCAUACAGGUGAGAAACCCUACAAAUGUAAGGAAUGUGGGAAGGCCUUCAGUCAGCGUGCACACCUUGCCCAUCAUAACAGAAUUCAUACUGGUUACAAACCCUUUGAAUGUAAAGAAUGCGGGAAGUCCUUUCGUUGUGCCUCAUAUCUUGUCAUACAUGAGAGAAUUCAUACAGGAGAGAAACCCUAUGUAUGUCAAGAGUGUGGGAAGGGUUUCAGUUAUAGCCAUAAACUCACUAUACAUCGCAGAGUUCACACUGGUGAGAAACCUUAUGAAUGUAAGGAAUGUGGGAAGGCCUUUAGUGUAUCUGGACAACUUACUCAGCAUCUGAGUAUUCAUAGUGGUAAGAAACCCUUUGAAUGCAACAAAUGUGGGAAGUCUUUUAGGUUCAUUUCUGUACUUAAAGCCCAUCAGAAUAUUCAUAGUGCUGAGAAACCCUACGAAUGUAAGGAAUGUGGCAAGGCCUUUCGUCAUGCCACAAGCCUCAUAUAUCAUGACCGAACUCAUGCUGGUGAAAAGUCCUAUGAAUGUAAAGAAUGUGGGGAAACUUUUAGUCAUGCUUCACAUCUUAUUAUUCAUGAGAGAAUUCAUACCAGUGAUAAACCCUAUGAAUGUAAAAGAUGUGGGAAGGCAUUUCGCUGUGCCUCAUAUCUUCUUAGACAUGAAAGGGUUCAUGCUGAUGGAAAUCCCUAUAUGUGUGAAGAGUGUGGGAAAGCUUUUAAUAGUAGCCAUGAACUUAGUAUACAUCAUAGAGUUCAUACUGGUGAGAAACCCUUUAAAUGUAAUAAAUGCAGAAGGUCCUUUAGGCUUAGAUCCAUCCUUGAAGUACAUCAGAGAAUUCAUAUUUGAUAGAGAAACUAUGGCAUAUACAGGUAGUAAAGAAAGCACAUUCUGUCAAUUGAUUUAUCCCACUGUACAAUUUGAAGACAAUGUGGAAUGGCUUUGAGAUACAGUUCAGUUUUUGUUAGGCAUCAAUUUGUAUUGGUGUGAACUUUUCAAAAUGUAAAUACGCAGUUUCUUUGGUAAGAACUGUGCUAACUCAGAUUCAGAGAAUUUAUUAUGUAUUUUUUUAAUAACAUAAGAAAACUUUUUCUGACAUUCCUCUAGUUUUGGAUUGCCAAAAUAAUCAUAGUAGAAGAAAACUGAGAGAAUGCAGGAAACCAUUCUUUAUACUUGCAUGUAAACAUCUUGCAGCAACAAUCAUUUAUUGUUAAACCUGGGAAAAGUCAUUAAACAGGAAACCUCUGUCGAUAUAAGCGAUGAUGGGAAAGGCUAUUUAGCCAUUCUGCAUAUUUAAUGCUCAUGAUCGAUGUCCACUUCUUAUAGCUGGGAUGAUAUGGGGGAAGAUACUUAUCCCUUCCGGGGAUCAUAUAUAAAUGGUGAUAGUAGUACCUACAGUAUAGUGCUGUUAGAAUUACAUGAGUUAGAUGUGAAAGUCAGAGUGGAAGCAGGUGUGAGAGGGUCCCGCAGAAGAAAACAUGGCUGCCAAAGUGUUUUGAGUCCAUGGGCAAGUUUGGCCUGGCCUUAGCUGUUGCAGGAGGCAUGGUGAAUUCUGCCUUAUAUAAUGUGGAUGCUGGGCACAGAGCUGUCAUCUUUGACCAAUUCCGUGGAGUACAGAACGUUGUGGUAGGGGAAGGGACUCACUUUCUCAUCCCAUGGGUACAAAAACCAAUUAUCUUUGACUGCUGCUCUCAACCACAUAAUGCGCCAUUCAUCACUGGUAGCAAAGAUUUACAGAAUGUCAGCAUCACACUGCGCAUCCUCUUCCAGCCCAUCGCUAGCCAGCAUCCUCUCAUCUUCACCAGCCUUGGAGAGGACUAUGAUGAGCCUGUGCUGCCGUUCAUUACCACUGAGAUCCUCAAGUCACUGCUGGCUUGCUUUGAUGCUGGAGAACUAAUCACCCAGAGAGAGCUGGUCUCCAGCCAGGUGAGCAACGACCUUAUGGAGUGAGCAGCCACCUUUGGGCUCAUCCUGGACAACAUGUCUUUGACAUAUCUGACCUUCGGGAAGGAGUUAAUAGGAGCAGUGGAAGCCAAACAGAUGGCCCAGCAGGAGGCAGAGAGCGCCAGAUUUGUGGUGAAGGCUAAGCAGCAGAAAAAGACGGCCAUCAUCUCUGCUGAGGGUGACUCCAAGGCAGCUGAGCUGAUCACCAACUCACUGGCCACUGCAGGGGACGGCCUGAGCAAGCUGUGCAAGCUGGAAACUGUGGAAGACAUUGCAUACCAGCUCUCACGCUCUUGGAACAUCAUCUGCCUGCCAGUGGGGCAGUCCGUGCUCCUCCAGUUGCCCUAGUGAGGGCCCAGCCUACCUGCACCUCCGUGAGGCAACUGGGCCACAGCCCCGAUGAUUUGUAAUACCACCUUCUGCCCUCACCCCAGAAAUCACUGAAAUUUCAUGAUUGGCUUAAAGUGAAGGAAAUAAAGGUAAAAUCACUUCAGCUCUCUAAAAAACAAAAGAAGAAUUACAUGGGUUAGUACAUGAAAAAAUUAUGGGAAACUACAUGGAAUAUACUGUUACGUUCAAUAAACAUUAGCUUCUAUAUAUAAUAA